UGACUUGGCUUUCCGAGGGCCUAGGAAAUACACAACUCUCUAAAAGUUCUAGUAACGUAGGCCUAUUAGAAAAGCAGGUAUUUUUAGAAAAGUGGAAUAUUUUGGAAGACUUCUAUCGUUUCAGAGUGGAUAUGUUGACCUUCGUCUUUGUGUGCCUCUCUAUCUCAGUCUCAGGCCUACAUGCUGAUUUUACGGUUACUGUUGCUAAUCCCUCAGUAAAAGUGAAGGAGAAUGAGGGAGCUGACUUGAAAUGUUCCUACACCGCUGACUUUGGAGCAACACCCAGAAUAGAAUGGAAGUUCAAGGAUCUCAAGGGCUCUCAGUCAUUAAUUUACUUUGAUGAUAAGCCAACUGCUCAGUAUGCAAGCCGUGUCACUCAGUAUCCUGGAGGACUGAGAUUUAACAAGGUGACGCGAGCAGACACUGGAGACUAUGACUGUGAGGUGUCUGGAAAUAGUGGAUAUGGAGAGAACACAGUCAAACUCACUGUCCUUGUGCCUCCUUCUAAGCCCGUAUCUAGAAUUCCUUCAUCAGUCACAACAGGCAGUAACGCACUUCUUUCCUGCUUCGACAAUGAUGGCUCCCCCCCACCCACCUAUAAGUGGUACAAAGACAACACUCCCCUCCCUGACGAUCCCAGCAAGUUCCCCUCUUUUAAAAACCUCACCUACAAGAUGAACGCUUUCAAUGGUAACCUGGAGUUCCCGAGUGUGUCUAAGCUGGAUAUCGGUUCAUAUUUCUGUGAGGCCUCUAAUGGAGAAGGUGCCCCUCAGCGUGGUAAUGCAGUGCAGAUGGAUGUCCGUGAUCUAAAUGUUGGUGGCAUUGUUGCUGGGGUCAUCGUGGCUUUGCUGGCAGUAGGGUUGCUCCUCUUUGCUCUCUGGUUUGCCAGUAAAAAGGGAUAUCUACCAAAAAUGGCUGAAAGCAAGCCGAAAACACAAGCUGUUUAUACCCAGCCUAGAGCAGAUGAUGAUGAUGGAGAUGGGGAAUUCAGACAGAAAUCAUCUUUUGUGGUGUAGCCUGUGCUGCUUUGGAUGAAUUGUCAAGAUUUGUUGCCUAGAUCAAUUUUUUCUAUUUAAGUUCAUACAAAUCAGGAUCUGUUUGUGUGUGAAGAGUGUGCUUCAAAUGUGGCUCCCUUCCCUGCCUACCACACUAGUUGACCAUAGAGAUG